AUGGAACAAAGAGGAUGCGGGGCAUGGCGGGAGCGACGGCAGUGGGUUGUGUUCAUGGUUGCUUUGGUUCUCUUUUGGAGCGGGACUUCAGCUCAGAUAAGAUACUCCACCUCUGAAGAGCUCAAGGAAGGAACUGUCGUGGGGAAUGUAGCUAAGGAUUUGGGAAUUAAUCUGAGCACAUUGAAGGAUAGGAGAUUUCGAAUCGUGUCUGGCUCGACCGAGCCCCUUUUCCAGGUAAACCAGAAUGACGGCAUCUUGUAUGUGAAUCGAAAAAUAGACCGCGAGGAGGUGUGUGAACGGAGCAGCGUGUGUUUGAUCAACCUGAAAACCGUUCUAGAGAACCCGCUGGAGAUCCAUUAUGUCGCGGUGGAGGUGUUAGAUGUGAACGACCAUUCUCCCAGCUUUCCAGAUAAAGAGAAACGGUUAGAGAUUUCAGAAUCUGCAUUACCGGGAGCGAGAUUUCAGCUACAAGCUGCGCGCGACCCAGAUAGAGGUCCAUUCUCCGUUCAACAAUAUAAACUUAGUCACAGUGACCAUUUUCGUUUAGAAGUUAAAGACCGAGGUGAGGAUGGCAAAAUGCCGUUUUUGGUUUUACAUAAACCACUAGACAGAGAAGCAGUAAGGAGCCACAAACUCCUCCUCACUGCCAUUGACGGUGGAAAAUCACCUAGAUCUGGAACUCUUGAAAUAUCUGUUGAUGUAUUGGAUGUUAACGACAAUACCCCAGUGUUCACUAAAGAAGAAUAUACUGUAAGGUUAACUGAAAACGCUCCUUUGGGAACAAUGGUGAUACGGGUAAAUGCCACCGAUUUAGACAGUGGUCUGAACGGGGAUAUAAUUUAUUCAUUUGGCAAUGACGUCAACAGCAGGUUAAGGAAACUUUUUAAUUUAGACACCGUAACCGGUGAAAUAACUGUGAAAGGACAAAUAGACUUUGAGGAAAAAGAUAGUUAUCUGAUUGAUAUACAGGCAUCAGAUCAAGGACCCGUUCCCCUGACAAUGGACAAGAGUGUAAAAAUUAAAAUAGUUGACUUCAACGAUAAUGCACCUGAGAUAGAGGUGACAUUAUUUUCUAAGGCAAUCCCCGAAGAUUCCAAGCCCGGAACGACUGUAGCACUAAUCAGUGUUAAUGAUUUGGACUCUGAUCUCAAUGGGAAAGUUACAUGUUCCGUAUUGGAAGAUAUACCUUUCAAACUAAUGCCGUCUUUACAAGAUAACAUGUACUCUGUAAUAACCAAGUCCCCACUGGACAGAGAGAAACAAUCUGAAUAUGAACUAACAAUAUUUGCUACAGACGCAGGCCAGCCGUCCAUGUCAUCUGUAAAAACUGUAAGGGUUGUUGUAUCAGAUGUGAAUGAUAACAGUCCAGAGUUUUCACUGAGUCCCUAUACUUUCUAUGUCACUGAAAAUAACGACCCAGGUGCCUCAGUGUUUUCGGUGAGUGCGUCAGAUCGUGACAUAAAUGAAAACGCGUUUAUCUCAUAUCAUAUUCUGAGAGACGGUGGUGACGAGAAUAAAUGGGCAUCUUUUCUCAACAUGAAUUCAGAAAAUGGAAACAUUUUGGCGCUAAAAAGCUUUGACUUUGAAACUCUGAAAACAUUCCAAUUCCAAGUUAUAGCGACAGACUCUGGAACUCCGUUACUAAGCAGCAACGUCACAGUAAAAGUAUUCAUUCUGGAUCAGAACGACAACGCUCCAAUGAUCUUAUAUCCAGUCAGCGCUAACGGUUCUGCUGAAGGUGUGGAGGAGAUUCCCCGCAAUGUGAACGCAGGCCAUUUGGUGACUAAAGUGAGAGGCUAUGACGCUGAUAUAGGAUAUAACGGCUGGUUAUUAUUUUCACUGCAGGAAGUUACUGACCACAGUCUCUUUGCUUUGGACCGCUAUACAGGACAGAUAAGGACACUACGGUCAUUCACAGAGACAGACGAGGCUGAGCAUAAACUGGUCAUACUGGUAAAAGACAAUGGGAACGUUUCACUGUCAGCAACAGCUACUGUGAUUAUCAAGGUUGUGGAGCCCAAAGAGGCUUUUGCAGCUUCUGAUGUUAAAGGCGAAGUAAAAGACGAAGAGGAGAACAGCGUUACAUUUUAUUUGAUCAUUACUUUGGGGUCAGUUUCAACGCUUUUUCUCAUCAGUAUCGUCGUGUUGAUUGUAAUGCAGUGCUCCAAACCCACAGACUAUUCCUCCAAGUAUUUACAAGAUACGAAUAACGACGGGACACUGUGCCACAGCAUCCAGUACAGAUCCGGAGACAAACGGUACAUGUUAGUUGGACCCAGAAUGAGUAUAGGUUCUACUAUAGUCCCGGGCAGCAAUGGGAAUACUCUAGUUCUACCUGAACACAGAAGAGCUUCUGGAGAGGAUGGGACAGUGACAUGUCCUCCAUUUUGGUCCUUGUCCACCUUCUGCCACCGCCACCUCAUGGCUGCAAGAGCCCAGGAAAAAUCUCAGCCAGACACGCCAAGACUGGGACCAGCAUCCAGGGGCAUCUGGAGAGCGUCAUGGAAAGCCUUCAACCCUAUCUGCUUGCUGUGGGGACCCAGGGGAGUGUGA